UGUACAAGGUACUUUACAAUCAAAGAUGGCUGCGCCCUGUUGAAUUUAUUUCUCAUGAGAUAGUUGCAUUUCAUCUCCUAAAAUGAGUGCUUCACGUAGAGCGACUUACAUUCUACGGAAUAAUCGUGUUAAGAAUAUGAAACUACGUAGGACAAAAAAUGCAGCUUAUAGUUAUUCCUGGAAUGAAGAAGGGGAGAAAAUGCUUCCGGAACAUUACAAGAAGAGAUGCCUAGAAUUUAUGAGCAAGGAACCAACAUCAGUUCAUUAUAUACCCUCAACAGGCACCUUUGGAAUUCAUAAAAAUACCAAAUUACCAAAUAAGAUUCAGAAUGUCCCAAUUCCUGUUUUGUACCCACAAGAUGCCAAUAAAGGACUCUGGGGAGGAGAGGGCUAUAUACUGGGCUACAAAAUGGACAAGAGUCAUCUCAGAAUGAAAAACAGGCUCCCUAAGAUAUGGAAACCAUUUAUUUCAAAGCGAGCGGUGUACAGCGAGAUAUUGGACAAAUGGUUCGAAAUUCCAAUGACAAUGCGAGUUUUAGACUUGAUUGAUGAAUGUCAUGGCUUUGAUAAUUAUAUACUUAAAACACAUGAACGUGAUUUAAACUCCUUACUUGCAAUGAAACUUCGAAGAGAGAUGUUAUUAGCUCUCGCCAACAAAACAUGUUACCCAGAUGACAAAGAUAAACAGGAAAAGAUCAUACAUAAAUACCAUGAGUUCAUAAUCCCAGCAGAGGAGGCUGAGUGGGUGGGGCUGACCAUUACAGAGGCCCUGCAUAAAGCCUGGAGGAACAGGAGGAAUCUCCCACAAAACCGACCCAAACCACUGAAAGAGGUGUACGAAGAACGGCUAGUUCUAAAACUCCAUUUAAAGAAAGAGAACCAGUGGGAGGCAAUAAUGGAGGAUUCAGACCGGGAGAAACCACAAGAGGAAAAACCGCCAUCAUUGAUACAGAAACUGAACCCGUUCUCAGCCUAUAACAAAAAUAAAAAACAAUAGAAAUGUCA